GAGAAUCCGCCUGCUGCGGAUUGCUGCGAGGUCUGCGAAUCCGCCAGACCUGGCAGCGGUUGGACCUGUGCGUUCUGUACCCUUCUGAAUCCAAAUGGAAGAGCAAGUUGCGAGGCGUGCGGACAGGCCCGGGCGCCGGCGGCUUCAGCGAAGCCAAAGGCCGCCAAGGCCAAAGCGGUGAAGCGUAACGAAGCGUGGCGCCCGGCGAACCACCUCUUGGCCAACAAGGGCUACACUGCCAAGCCCAAGGCUGCCGGUCCACGGCGUACGACCACAUGGUGGAGCUCGAAGAAGCAGGAUUUCGUCCGUGGCAGCUGCCGCUUAGUCUUGGACGCCAGCCUGGCCAAAGGCAGCCCUGCCGUGGUCGGAGCCCUGGCGGGCAGCGAGCUUUGGCAGCGCGUCUGGCGCGUGGACAUGCCCUGCGAGGCCUCCGAAGAGAUGCCAACUUGCCCCAUUUGCCUUGGUGAGCCAGAGCUGAUUCGAACACCUCCCUGCGGCCACGUGAUUUGCUUGCUUUGCGCCCUGCGCCAUCACCGUGCCUCGAUUGGCGCUUGGUCACCCGGCUCACUGAAGCAGGCUUGCAAAUGCCCGGUGUGCAGUCAGGCCCUGCGCCUGGAAGACCUGCGCCCUGUGCGUCUGGAACUCCAGCACCUUCCGAAGCCGGAGGAAGGUGGCACGCUGGUCUUUAGCCUGGUGCGGCGCACGGGGCUGCACUACCUGAGCAUGGCGGACGACACGCUGCCCCGUGGCUGCCAGCCUCACCUACCUCAAGAAGGGGAGCCAGGAGCCGCCUUUGCCCGGCGCAUCUUCGGCGAUCCGGAUCUCUACGAAAGCAGCAUCCACGAAGAUCUGCGGGUACUGGAGUCCCACGCAGCGAGUGGCGAGGAGGCUCCACUCGUCAACUCUGCCAUCGAAGCUCUCCAGACCCGCCUCAUGUCGCCCCCGAAGGGCACGCAAGGUUUGAAGGAGGCAGCAAGCGAGUCCGCCAGUUCAGAGACUCUGGUCUUCUAUCAAAGCUCUGACGGGCAACUGAUCUUUCUCGAGCCUUACUUGAUGAAGCAGCUUCUCUCACAGCACAGGACUUGGGCUCAGCUGCCUUCGAGGAUCACCUUGCGCCCACUACGAGCCAUGCGCCAGGAGCCACUCACUGACCAGAUGAAGCAAAGGCACCGCUUCUUGGCGCAUCUCCCGUCGGACGCAGCUGGGAGCCUUAUAGCCUUUGCCGACGGCGACAUUGAAGGCGACUCCGGGGGGCCGGAGGAGACCGGGAAAGGCGGAAGGAAAGGCCGCCAUCGCAACCGGCGGAAGGAGCACAGGCCAGCAAAAGAGGGGCGAAGCCGCCACAACUCAAUGGAGGGACCGUCGGAGCAGGACGUGCAGGCCGGCGACGCAGACGAGGCUGCUGCGAGCCGCGAAGUCCAGGAUCCUCAAGGAGACUCUGCAUCUUUGGCAUCGCAAAGCAUUGACACCGGAGACUUGGCUGCUGAAGAUCGUCGACCAUCCGACUUCGAUGCGUGCAAGGUAGAUGCAGAGGUACAGAGCCACAGGCAGUCGCUGGAGGAGAGCCUGACCACAUCUGACAACCUUCCAAGCGUCUACUCCUUCCAGCCUUCCACCGGCUCCUUGCGAGUGGAUGGCGAGGAGGUUGCGAUCUUCCGCGCAGAGGCGGUCUCCACCAUGCCUUUCCCCAAGCUCAUCGCCGAGAGGCCGACCAAGUCCAGCCUUGCGUCGUGCGUGACCAUUGUGAGUGGUGAGAUCAUCGAGGAGAUCCAGAAAGCAUCCAACGCUGGUGCUGUCUUCGUGCUGCCGUCUCAGCUCAAUGGUGCAGAGUACCCGAUGCACAACUACAUCGUUGACCAGAUCUACAAGUACAAGUACGACAAGACCGGGGGGCCCAGGGGCCAGCUGGCAGUCCAUCCUGCUGUUGGCCAGUUCGUUCUGGACAAUGCAGCCUGCGACAAGAGAACCCUCGGCCUCGACGCCACGGACGCAGCCCUGGCCGCUGCCAAAGCUUCCCCGACGUGGCCAUCAGGGUACAACUUGCACGUGAAAAACGGAUACAUGGCUGUGCCCCACUGCCCCGCCUCGAGCCAGGAAGCGGUGCUCGCCAACCUGCGCUCUUCCCUGCACAAAAUGCGCUGCCUCUCCGCGUGGGGAGUGCCUGCUGCGGGUCUGAGGCCAGACCUCCAGGAUUUUUCCGCGGCAGCGCACAAGGUCCAUAUGGUGUAUGCCUCCGCCAUUCCUGUCAAGGCAUACCUCAAUGCCGGCAACAUGGAUGUCGCAUUUCAGGAGGAGAUCAGCCGCCUUGUGAUCCUUAGCCAAUACUUCGGCGCUCUUCGCCUGGCGGCUGCGGCGGCAACACCGCCCGCAAAGCAGCGCGUGGUGCUGAUGCCUUUGGGAGGCGGCGUUUUUAACAACCGAGCCGAGGUGAUUGUGGGAGCGUUGGUCACCGCACUCCAGGUGCUGGCUGCCCAGGGCGUAGAUGUUUCGAGGCUGGACGUCCGGCUACUGGCCUUCCGGGGCAGCGCUGGCGAGCAGGAGCGCAUGUCGAAGCUCUUCCGCAGCUUCUCGUCCGAAGCGCCGGCGGCGCCCGCGGCGCUCGCGGCGCCCGUGGUCUCGGUGGCCCCUCCGGCCGUCACGACAGCGGCCCCGGCGCCACCCAUCCCACCUGCAGCGCGGGUGGAGCCUUCGGAGCCACGCUCCUCGACCGGCGAGGCGCGCGCGGUACGCGCGCCCGCGGAGCGGGCCGAGCCCAGCUCCGAACCCAGCCGCCGCGAAGAGCCCCCGGCGCCGAAGGAAACCAAGGAAACCUCGGAAGCCAAAGCUGUUGGGCCCAAGCCGGCUCCAUCAAAGCCCAAGAGGUCAGUCCUGGACAUGCUCCUGGGAUCUGACAGCCAGUGA